AUGUGUUACACGCCAGAGGGUGCUCGUACGCCAUUGGAGAGUCUCGACUGCCAACCAUCAUCCUCAUCGUUUUCAUACCGAUUCAGCAAUCAAUUUGCACAGCAAAGCUCUUCAGCAUCUAACUUAAAUCUAGAGGACAAUGAUUUCGAGCACUCUUUCGGAACUUUCAUCAAUCAAUCGCCAACGGUGACAGCACUAAAGAAUCAAACGUCUCCAUCAUCAAUACUUGAGGGCUUUAACAAUUCCACUAUUGUUAUGAGACGUCAACAAAAUGAAUUGCGAUUGCAGAUUAUCACCGGAGACGAAUUCCAAUCAGCUCCACCAUGUACAGCAUCGCUUGUGCCUCAAAGUCCACAGAUCUCUGUAUAUCAUCAACAAGAAGAUGCUCUUCAACGCCACCGCAGUUAA